AUGAGCGACUGGACUCGGCUUCAACAUUUUAUUCAACUCUCAUCAGCCGGAUUUUCGAUGUUCUCGAAUUCGCUGUUGAUAUUUCUAGUCAUCAAAAAAUCACCAAAAGCCCUUGGUGUUUAUAAAUAUUUUAUCAUCUACACUGCGUUUUUCGAAAUGUUCUACUCGAUUAUUGACAUCAUUGUCUCACCGGUAAGGUUUAGGUAGGGAUAUUCCGAUUUUCUUUGAUUCCUCUAGAUUUUCUACUCCUAUGGUUCUGCCUUGAUCCUCUUUGUGAAUAUUCAAGAUGCUCUUUUCGACUCAUACAUUAUGAAUUUGUUAAUUUGCAUCUACUGCGGAACAUUUGGCGUGUCUCUUGGAUUAUUUUCAAUCCAGUUUUUCCAUAGAUAUUCUGUCUCUGUAAAGUAAGAAUCUUUUUUUCUUUAUACCUCUAUCCUACUCUCAAAAUUAUUCAGCGGCAAUGGUAAAUUCCAAUUGGGCAAAACUAUUGUCAUGUUCCUAGUCCCCUUGCUUUUGGGAUUACUGUGGACUCUAUGCCCAUAUUUUCUAGCCUCAAUGAGUGAAUUGAAAAGCAAUCACGUGCGCGAAAAUAUGCUGGAUCAAUUAGGAAUUGAUGUUGUGGAGACUGUCUAUGUUGGUUUUCUGUUCUAUCUCAAGGAUGAGUUUGGUGCCCGGCAUUUGAAUAGCGAGACUGUUUUUCUGAAUUUGUUGGAGAUGGGAUCACUGGUAAUCUAAUUGUUGAUAGAAAAAGUUUCAAUUUUUCUAGUUCCAGGCUUUGACAAUGUGCGCAAUUAUUUACUUUGGUGUGAGAUGCUAUAAAAAUAUUCAAAAAAGUUUGACAAUUUCCACAGCUCAUCGGAACUUGCAAAAACAAUUAUUUCUUGCACUAGUUAUCCAAACUCUAAUUCCUAUUCUUUUGCUCAAUCUUCCAGUAAUGAUCACAUACAUAUUUGUGAUUUUCGAGCGAGCUCUUGGAGCAUGGAGUGGUAUUUUGACUAUCACAAUUGCUAUUUAUCCAGCAAUUGACCCACUUCCCAAUAUUUUCAUCAUUCAAAGUUAUCGAAAAGCUUUCAAAGAGUAUUUACAGAAAUUCUUACGAUGUGGAAAGAAUAAUCGAAUUUCUGAUAUCAGUAUAGAAGUAACAGCAAUAACAUGUUAA